UGGGGCCGCGCUUCUAGGACGUGUCACUUCCGGGCCCUUCAGCCGGCACGCGCGGGACCUAGAGCCGGGCCGGGGCCUCGCCACCACCAUGCCCUUUGACCUCCGCCGGUUUGACAUCUACAGGAAGGUGCCAAAAGACCUUACGCAGCCAACCUACACAGGAGCUAUUAUCUCUGUUUGCUGCUGUCUCUUCAUACUGUUUCUCUUCCUGUCUGAGCUCACCGGAUUCAUAGCCACUGAAAUAGUUAACGAGCUCUACGUAGACGACCCAGACAAAGACAGUGGAGGGAAAAUAGAAGUGAAUUUGAACAUCAGUUUACCGAAUCUGCACUGUGAAUUGGUUGGACUGGAUAUUCAAGAUGAAAUGGGAAGGCAUGAAGUUGGUCACAUCGAUAACUCGAUGAAAAUCCCCCUCAAUAAUGGAGAUGGCUGCAGGUUUGAGGGCCAUUUCAGUAUCAAUAAGGUUCCUGGUAAUUUCCACGUAUCCACGCACAGUGCCACAGCACAACCUCAGAAUCCUGACAUGACUCACAUCAUCCACAAACUCUCUUUUGGGGACAAGUUGCAGGUCCAGAACAUUCAUGGAGCUUUCAAUGCCCUGGAGGGGGCUGACAAAAUCAGCUCAAAUCCUCUUGCAUCUCAUGAUUACAUAUUGAAGAUAGUCCCCACAGUGUAUGAAGAUAUGAAUGGCAAGCAGCGAUACUCCUACCAGUACACUGUAGCAAACAAGGAGUACGUGGCCUACAGUCACACUGGCCGUAUUAUCCCGGCUAUCUGGUUUCGGUACGAUCUGAGCCCCAUCACAGUGAAAUAUACAGAGAGGCGACAGCCUUUGUAUAGAUUUAUCACAUCGAUUUGUGCCAUCAUUGGAGGAACAUUUACUGUGGCUGGGAUCCUCGAUUCCUGCAUCUUCACAGCUUCUGAAGCCUGGAAGAAGAUCCAGCUAGGGAAAAUGCAGUAGCAAUGAAAUUUUUACCCAGGUCUCCAGGGGCAGGAGUGAAGAAUGAGAAACCUACCACUACCUGUUUUUUGUUUUCUCUUUUCUAUUUGAUUGAUUUAAAAUGAUAUUUUUUUCCUUUAGUCAAGUUGUUCAGUCAAGACCUUUACAGCACAUAAGUAAUCCCCUGUGUUAAAAUUCCAAAAGUCAUCAGCUGGGCUUGGAUUUCCACCCCUUGUCCCAAAGAAAGAUUCAUAAUAUAACCUUUGGCAUUAACAAAAUAACUUCUCUGGAUCCUAUAGUAUGAUGACAGUUUUAGUGUCUGGGAGGUUCCUGAGGCAGUGUGUGACUUAGUAGGGGGCAGAAAGGAGCUCUUUCAUUCUGUCAGAAUUGCAUGAGAAAGCUAUUGCUUUUUAAUGAAGCAAAAUUAUGUAUUUGGAAGAAAUUCCACCUCUUGUGCCAAAAAAUUGGGCGUAUGCAUUGAUAGUUCCCACAGUGAACUUUAGUAGCAAAGGGAAGAAGUGACUUUGGCAAGUGGCUUUUUGGCUUAUUUCAAAAGCUCUUCUCUGCAGGUGUUUGCCCCCUCUAGUGAAACAAGCAAAUAUGACAGACCCUCCCCUGGUGGUAAUGCUGGUGGCUGGGGGAAGGAUUAGGCCUUUCUUGUACCCUGGAUGAAAAAUGUUUUCAUUUUUCCUCAUAAACUGAAUAUCCAGUCUUGUGUUUACAGGUGGCAUGAAGUAAAAACCAAACUGAAUAACACUAUUUUAUGUGGCCUUUGUUUUGAAGGGGGAUAGUUUUGUCUUUUGUAGCACUAGCUUAUACCCUUUCUCCUGCCUUUUUUUUUUUAAACAUGGAGUACCCGACUGUCUAGCCUGCGACUUGGUUGAAUUUGGAGUGGUCACCCAUGCUUGCUCGGACAAUUGAUGUAUUCAACUGGGCUAGCGCCCAGCUUCUGGCCUUGCUCUGUGUGCAUUCAUGUGUGUAUGGUGCACAUCUGCAGAGCACAGGGACCCUGUCCUGUAGGGGCUUGAGGUGCCUGAAUUCCCCCUUUUUAAAAACUGUUUAGCACUUGUUAUCAUUCCUAGACUGACUGUUACUGGCACCUUCUGUUUGCCGGUACAGCAGGUGGUUGCAGGGCAACCUUUUCCCCACAGACUGGUUCCUGCCAGUGUUUGUGUGUACAAGGGAAGAUUCAUGCUCACCCAUUCAAGCCUUGACCUCUGAGACCUCCAGCAAAAUGAGGCAUGAGGGGAGAUUACUGCCAGAUGCAGUUUCUAUGUGUUGUGGACAUCAGUCUACAAGGAAUUAAACUGAAACCUACAGGCUCAUUUUCCAUAGGCUGCUGCACAUGCCUUCAAUAGUAAUGAUCUUUGCAUGCUUUGUAAAUUAUGCAACCUGAGGGGACACAUUUUAAGUGUUCUUGAAUUGAUGCAAAUCAUGAACAAUAAGCCCUAAGGUUAUUAUCAAGUUUUAUCAAUUCUACAAGGGGUUUGAUUGUUUUUUAUCUUCAGCCUCAGACUUGUCCAAAUCCUACAUAAAUGGAUCUUGAAUAUUCAGUAUUGAUUCCAGAAACAUUUCAGCAUCCCAGAUAUUUGUCUGUUGAAAUCAUGUCAUUGCUUUUGAGGUAGGGAAGAUAGCUGCUGGUUUUUAUUUUAUUUAAAAAUAUAUAUAUUUUUUGCCCUGUAGUAACUUCUGUAAACUGACAGCAUUUGAAUAUGUCCCUGUUCUUAUGGACUGAUUGCUAUUGUUUUAGGUGUAAACUUGAUCUUGUAACUUCUGUAUCUGUUGAUGUAUGGGUAGAUUUUAUACAUUUUUUUCAUUUACAGAAUCAACUUGAAUACGAUACUCUUGUCUUCA